GAGCAUCUAUCUGCAAGUCAAACUCGGACAAUCAGCCAAACCUUGAUUGGACUCCUUUUGUUCUUGACGAGUCGCCGCCGUCAGACGCUUACGGUUCGCCAUGGAGACGGUGGUGAUCUUGGCCAUAGGGGUGUUGGCCACCAUCUUCCUGGCCUCCUUUGUUGCUCUGGUGGUGGUGUGCCGACAUCGCUACUGCCACCCUCAUGACCUGCUGCACCACUUCGACUCCAAACCCACCGUGGAYCUGAUCGGCGCCAUGGAAACGCAGAGCGAGCCUUCGGAGCUGGAGCUGGACGACGUGGUCAUCACCAACCCUCACAUCGAAGCCAUCCUGGAGAAUGAGGACUGGAUAGAGGACGCAUCCGGCUUGGUGUCACACUGCAUCUCUAUUCUGAAGAUCUGCCACACUUUGACUGAAAAGCUGGUGGCCAUGACAAUGGGAUCAGGGGCAAAGGUCAAAGCACCKGCCAGUUUGAGUGACAUCAUCACRGUGGCCAAACGAAUCAGUCCAAGGGUGGACGAUGUGGUCAGGUCUAUGUACCCUCCUCUGGAUCCAAUCCUCCUGGACGCCAGAGCCACUGCUCUGCUGCUKUCGGUCAGCCACCUGGUGCUGGUCACCCGCAACGCCUGUCACAUGUCCGGCAGCCUGGACUGGAUCGACCAGUCGCUUCACGCAGCGGAGGAUCACAUGGUGGUUCUGCGUGAGGCGGCGCUGGCUUCUGAACCAGAGCGAAUCCUACCUGGAGCCGAUGCUCAGAGAGAACAGGCCAUUUGAGGAAAAAAACCUGAAGCAGCACCAAACCUACUGUCAAAAAUACAAACCAUGAAAAAGMAGCUGCAUUCCAACRCUGACCUAGUGAUACCUACUAAAAUAGAUAUUUCAGUUUCACAUCCACGGCUCUCCAGUGGACAGAAUGUUUUUAGAAACAUUUUCUGAAAUGCACCAUCCAGUAGUGGGCCUAAAUCCAGCCUGACCAGCACUGCAGUCACAAGGAGGCUUAGUCAGCUAAUCCAUCCUGACGAAAAUAACAUCCAUUAGCCAGUGAACCCGAAGGUGCUCCAACUCGGUGUAAAAAAAGUAAGAGAAGCCUGGCUUGCUUAGCAGUUUAACUUUGGGAUUUGGUGGGGAAAAAAAACACAUUUUUCAAAUAUCCUGGAUGAAAUGCAGUUCUUUCUAGGGAAUUUUUUUUAUUAGUUUUCCCCUUCACUUGUGACACACUUAACAUGUGCAGCUCUUUCCAUGGAUGACCAAUUUAGCUCAAUACYGGAAAUCCUGCCAGUUUGACCAAAAGCUGAACUUCUGAGGUCCUGCCAUGGAUAGAUGCACCAUGGUUUCUGCAUGUAAAAGUUUGUAUUUUCAAACAUAUUUUACUUSCAGUUUCAUUCAUGACAUUCUGGUUAAAUUGCUGCAUAGCUCCAAACUAAAUAUACUCCAGGUCUAUCUUGGUUUUCAUGCCAAAACYGAUCCGGUGUGUUUUGGGCCUUACUGGAUGCACACCUCCCAAAAAGUUACACUUUCAGCUCAUCAGUCAACAGAUUUUCCCAAAAGUCUUUGCUAUCCUAUGAAAGCCAAAAAUUGAUAACCUUUUAAAAAAAUGUAGGGAAAAUUGGACCGAAGACUUUCUAUCAUUUAUCAUCAGGGGGGUAUUUGGUCUUGUACACUGCAAAAGCACAAAAUCCAACUAAGUGUUAUUAGUUUUGAUACCUUGGCACACUUGAAACAAGAAAUAGCAAGAUAAACGAGGUUGUUUUAAGCCAAUAAUUUCUGAGUACUGAUAAGUAGCAGUUCCACUAGCAGAUAAUUCCACUUAUAAUAUGGGAAAAUAUCUUCUCAUUUUCAUCAAAAUUAAGACAUUAUUGAUUUAAAACAAGCUCUUCUAUCUUGC